UAAAUUAGACAUCUCUUUACGUUAUUGAACACAUUUUGUCUCAUCUUUGGCCUCCCUUCAACCUCCGUUUGCAACUCUACCUACUCAGCUCAUUCACAAAAAAAGGUUCAUUGUUAAGAAAAGAUUUAAAAAUGGAUUGUAUACAACAGAAGCCUCAUGCCAUCUUAGUAUGCUUUCCACUGCAAGGCCAUCUUAAUCCUGCAGUCCAGUUAGCGAUCAAGCUAGCAUCAAAAGGUUUCACCAUAACCUUCAUCAACACUCAAUCCAUACAUCACCAAAUCACCUCCAACACUCAAAAGGACAGCGAUGAAGACAUCUUUUCUGAUGCAAGGAAAUCAGGACUUGAUAUUCAUUACACCACCGUGUCCGAUGGUCUUCCUCUAGAGUUUGAUAGGUCACUCAACCAUGAUCAGUUCAUGGCUGCAAUGUUCCAUGUCUUCUCUGCUCACAUAGACGAAGCUGUUCAAAGACUUAUGGAAUCAGGACCUCCAGUGAGUUGCGUGAUUGCUGAUUCAUUCCUUGUGCAGCUUGGGCGUGUUGCAAAGAAACAUGGACUUCUGUAUGCUUCUUUCUGGACACAACCAGCUACAGUUUUCACCAUUUACUAUCAUCUGGAUCUUUUGAGAUUAAAUGGUCACUUCGAUUGCAUUGACAGGCGCGAGGAUGCAAUAGACUACAUACCAGGGGUUCAAUCCAUUGAGCCUAAGGAUUUGACGUCAUAUCUUCAAGAAGAGGAGACAAACACAAUCUGUCAUCAGAUCACUUUCAAGGCAAUCCACGAUGCAAAGAAAGCAGAUUUUGUGUUAAGCAACAAUAUACACGAACUAGAACUCCAAGCCAUGACAGAUCUCCGGAAAAAAGUGCCUUUUUACGCUAUAGGACCCCUAUUGGAAUUCACCAAAUGCCGUGUGGCAGUGGCCACAAGCCUUUGGUCCAAGUCUGACUGCACUCAGUGGCUCGAUACCAAGCCUACUGGCUCAGUUUUGUACAUUUCCUUUGGAAGCUAUGCUCAUGUUACAAAGAAUGAACUACAGGAGAUAGCUGACGGUGUUAAACUAAGCCAAGUAACUUUUGUUUGGGUGCUUCGUCCUGAUAUUGUAAGCUCUAAUGAUUCUGAUCCAUUGCCUAAAGGGUUCAGGGAAGAAACUGGCGACCGUGGGAUGAUCAUACCCUGGUGCUUCCAGAACCAAGUUUUGAGUCACCCUGCAAUUGGGGGAUUCUUCACUCAGUGUGGUUGGAGCUCAAUUUUGGAAAGCAUUUGGUAUGCAGUACCUUUAAUGUGUUUUCCACUCAUCGCUGAUCAACCCACUAAUCGCAAACUAGUGGUUGAUUGGAAGAUUGGAAUCAAUCUUUGCGACAAAAGCCAGAUCACUAAGCUUGAAGUAUCAGAGAAGAUUAACAUUCUUAUCAAAUCAGGCAACCAUGAGCUCAAAAACAUAAUCAAGGAACUAAGAAGGACAAUGGAACACGCUGUGUCAAGAGAAGGAUCAUCGGAAAGAAACAUGGAUCAGUUCAUCAAUGAUUUUCAUCAAGCUAUUCAGAAGAAAACUCAGAUUCAAUCAUCCAACUGCAUUUCUUGACUGUCUAAUCACCAAUGUGAUAUGUAUACAAGAAAAAAGGGUGAUUGGUUGGUGGCAGUUGCUGCCAGUGUUCAAGUAGAAGCAUAUUCAAAAAUGGUAUCGCUUUGUUAGCUUGAGUCACUGUUUUAUUUCAGUUGAUAGAUAGCAUCCAACAAUUUAGCUGGACACCUCGAAUGCAACCAUAACUUAAGGUUUGACUUGGAUUAUGCUGUGAUAUUAAGGCUGCAUUAGAUCCUUUUCUUUGGGUUAUGUGUAGCUCGUGUUCGUUACAGAUUGAGCCAAAAAGAUGAUUCAUCACACUUAUCAUGCCAAUUGCCAA